GUCUGUGUGCUGCGCCCAGCAGCUGAGGACUCCAUGCCUCCUAAAGCCAAGAGGCAGAGACAAGAAUCAGCAGAGCCACCCUGGACACGAAGCAAGUGCCAAGGUCGCUGCAUGAAGAAGGAGCCUGGACCUCCUGCAGAAGAGGCCCAGCUGCCGAGGAGACCAAGGAAAACGGCAACCGGCAGGAAUGCACAGCUGCCCGCUCCCACCUCACGAGGGAAGGCCAGGAAGAAGGCGGCCGGCAAGAGGGGCAGAGCGAGGAAGAGAGGGGCCUGUGAACGUGCAGGUGCGUCACCAUCCCCUCAGAGGCCUGCCAAGUGCUCCCGCUCGGAACCCUUCACGUCCGGCCCAUCGAGAUAUUCUCCGAGCCAGCCAAGCACCAGCAGCGAAGGAGAAAGCAGCCUCAGGACACAGCACACGGGCUGCUCCAUGCAGCUGCAGGCGCCGGAUCCAGAGCUGAUGACCAGGAGCCAGGCAGCUUCGCAGCCACAGGGGAACGGACCCAGCAACUGAUAAAGCCACGUUCGGCCCUCUGCGGACUAAUUCCAUGCAGUAGAAGUCAUUUCUUUUAGCAUAAGAAAAUUACUAUGUUGCCAUGUCAUUGAAUUUCUACAGAUAUUGUCAUUUACAAAUAAAUUAUUUAUUUUUGC